AUGCAUUCCAUCAAAGGUAAGGACAGAGAAAAUAUUCAAGAUGGCGGAAGAGAUAAGAUGAAUAGGAAAGUGGUAGUUUUAAGUGCAAGUCAUAAUGGCAUCUACUAUGAAAAUACUCAAAAGACAAAGCAUUUCAUAUUGCAAAUAGAAACAUGUAUUCGAACCAUGGAACAACUAAAUAUUCCGAUGAAUUUGUCUAAAUUUUUUGGGCAGAAGUGUUAUUUAAUGUCAUUUUCUGUUUUCAUGUUAUUAUAUAUAAUUAUUAAGGAUGCUCGAAAGUUACUAUCAUAUGGGAUGGACUAUUGGAAAACUUUUAUCAUGAUUUAUCUAUAUCGUUUUCCACUUAUCAUAUUGAUAUUCAACGAUUUUACUUUUAUAUUCUGGAUGAGUUUUAUUAAGUUGGAACUUAGUCAAUUGAAUAAACUACUAAAAAGCAUGUUAACGACUACUAUUGAUUCGCCGCAACAUAAAAGAGUCCUUCUAAGGGGGAAUAUCAGGAAGAACGAACCUGUUUUGGACGAUAUUCGUGAAAAGUAUAAAUCGAAGGAAGAUGUUAAGAGGAUAAAAAAGGCAAGCUUUAAUAUUAAUCACUAUUAUGUCUUACAAUGUGUUCUAUUUCUUAUUAUCUACGAACGAUAUACUACAAAUCGAACAAAGUUAUUCCUAUCUUUAUUGGAUUUUUUUCUUUGCCAUGAAGAUCAUUUUAAUAUUCUUUGUGAAUUAUACGAACCAUCAACCAGUAACGAAAUACGUAUGAAGAUUCGUGAUUUUACUUUGCAAUUUAUUCAAAACCCAUUGAUCCUUACAAGCUGUGGCAUUUUUGAUCUCAAUUAUACAUUGAUACGUAACGUGAUCGGUACCGUCGCAACUUACAUCGUUAUUUUGAUUCAAAUUGGUAACCUAUCACAACAAGAUUUAAAUAAUAAUUCAACUUUAUCGCCUAAUAAUGAUUGA